AUGGGUGGCUGCACUCCUUUUCUGAAGGCAGCCAGGACAAGGUGCCCCAGAAUCAUGCCCCCUUUGCUGUUGAUUUCCGCCUUCAUUUUUUUAGUGAACGUCCUGGGAGGAGCCCCAGGACACAACCCGGACCGCAGGACGAAGAUGAUAUCAAUACACAGUCUCUCAGAGCUGGAGCGCCUGAAGCUGCAAGAGACUGCUUACCACGAACUCGUGGCCAGACAUUUCCUCUCUGAAUUCAAACCUGAGAGAGCUCUCCCUGUUGACAGUCCAAACACCUUGGAGAACAGGUUUCUGAUUCUAAGAGGACAACAGAGGGGCUCCUCAGCUGCAUCACUCAAGACAUUUGGCAUUCGUCUGGAAGAGGUGCUGGUGAAUGAGUUUACCCGCAGCAAGCAACUUGAAUUAAGAGCCGCGAUGCAGAUUGAAGAAUCUAUCAGUCAGGCUGCAGGCCGCCGCCGUCGUCGGGGAAACGUGGUGCAAAGGAUGUUUGGCCGCAUCAGGCGCUUUUUCAACCGAAGACGGGAGGAGCCCUCUUUGCCCAGAGAGUUCACUCGCCGUGGGCGUCGAGGUGCAGUAUCUGUGGAUAGCCUGGCUGAACUGGAGGACGGGGCCCUGCUGCUGCAGGCCCUGCAACUUUCCAAAAUUUCCUUUCCAAUUGGCCGUCGACUUCUGGGAUCCAAAAGGAAAAUGAGCCUCAAUCCGAUUGCUAAGCAAAUCCCCCAGGUUGUUGAGGCUUGCUGCAGCUUCAUUGAGAAACAUGGCUUAAACACAGUGGGGAUUUUCACCCUGGAAUACUCAGAGGAGAGAGUGCGUGAGCUCCGUGAAGAAUUUGAUCAAGGUGUGGAUGUAGUGUUUGACGACACUCAGAAUGUGCAUGAUGUUGCCGCACUUCUCAAGGAAUUUUUCCGUGACAUGAAGGACUCUCUGCUGCCAGAUGAUCUAUACAUGUCCUUCCUCCUGACAGCAACUCUGAAGCCACAAGACCAGCUUUCUGCCCUGCAAUUGCUGGUUUACCUGAUGCCACCCUGCCACAGUGACACCCUGGAGCGUCUGCUGAAGGCCCUGCAUAAAAUCACCGAGAACUGCGAGGACUCCAUUGGCGUUGAUGGACAGUUGGUUUUUGGCAACCGUAUGACUUCCACCAACUUGGCCCUGGUGUUUGGAUCUGCUCUCCUGAAGAAAGGGAGAUUUGGCAAGAGGGAAUCCAGGAAGACAAAUCUGGGGAUUGACCACUAUGUUGCUUCUGUCAAUGUGGUUCGUGCUAUGAUUGAUAACUGGGAUGUCCUCUUCCAGGUGCCUCCCCAUAUUCAGAGGCAGGUUGCAAAGCGUGUGUGGAAAUCCAGUCCUGAAGCCCUUGAUUUUAUCAGACGCAGGAAUUUGAGGAGAAUCCAGAGUGCACGUAUAAAGAUGGAAGAGGAUGCUUUACUUUCUGAUCCAGUGGAAAACUCUGCUGAAGCCCGGGCUGCUGUCCUUGCUCAAAGCAAGCCCUUUGAUGAAGGUUCCUCUGAGGAGCCAGCUGUGCCUCCCGGCACUGCCCGUUCCCAUGACGAUGAGGAAGGAGCGGGUAACCCCCCCAUUCUGGAGCAAGACCGCCCAUUGCUCCGUGUGCCCCGGGACGAGGCCAAAACUGGCAUCGGCUAUUUCUUUCCUUAGAUGUUUUUCCUUCUAUAAGGUGCCGGACAGGGGAAAAGGGUGGGAGAUGUUACUGGAAACAUUAAAGAGUGUAUCUUGAAGGUAAAGAUCUGAGGGUGAGAAGGAGUUCCACCUGAUGCUCGGGUCAGGCUGAGAAGUCCAAACACACUGCCAGCCCUUUCACUGGGGAUGCUUGGUCCCUUCAACUGGUAAAAGCAGAGAUAUUUCUGUGUCAUGCCCAGGCUCCCUGGUGCUACCUUGCCUUUCUCUUUUACCCCUGAUCCUGGCUUUCCAACAUUACAACCUUUCCUUUAAUUGAUGUGACAUUUGUGGUAAACGCCUGUUUCAGAGAAGCUCACAAAUCUCGAGGUGCUUUCCCUUCCCCAAAGGAGAUUGCAUGUUUUUCCUGACUUUCCUACCCUACUCCCAAGAGCUUAAUAGGAAAGGCCCUCAAGAGGCAUGCUAGGAUGUUAGGUCAGCCUACUGACAGCUGACAAACAAUUAAUGCUAAAUCAUGUCACACCAACUCAUAGCCGUGUCCCCGCAGCAACUCCACCACCUCAGGAUAUUUCUUUUUCCCCAAAUUAUUUAGACCAAUGGCUCGUCAAACAGCCACUCCCAAAAUUAUGUGCAGUUUGGCUCAGGGCAAUCUCAAGUAUAAGUCUAGCUAGCUUUUCUUUGGUCAAAAGUUAGAGGAAAAAUUUGAUUUUACCUUGAUUUGUUUUACAGACAGCUGGCAUUCACACCCUGUUGUCAGCAAAACGGUUAGAUAUGGACACAUAGUUCCAACUAGUUAAAGUCACCUGAUUACAAAUAUUCUUAUCUAUCGUCUCUGUAGUUUCUCUAUGCAGGACGGUACAAAUUUGGGGGACACACUUUGGUAACACAGAUAUGGGUUAUGUAUGACAUCCAAAAUUAAACCUGAUAUCGAGGGAUAACAACUGCUAAGGUUUAUAGAAUGAAGAAUGUAUUGUAUUGAGGGAUAGAAAUUGAUCACAUUUUGGGCAACAACCGCAGAACUCGAUGAUUUGUGAUUGUUAAAACUUCUCUGGCAUUUAAUCAUUAAUAAACAUCUGUA